GAAAUGCCAACCAGUGAUAAGAUUAAUCCUAACUGAGAGUGGAGAGACAGAGAGAACUGCAUUUGUGGUUUAUUUUUAUGUUUUCUCGUGGUGGGUUGCACAUCCAGCCUUGGGGAAGCCGUUCUUGUCGGCACGAGCGAGGUGUUCGGCUGGGGGCUCUAAAGGGGGGACCUGCCUCUCCAAAAGCACCCCCACACCCCAUCCUGCACUGGCUGUGCACACAGGGAGAUUACGUUGCAGACGUGAGGCUCUGGACCCAGCUCACGCUCCCGGGGUUUUCUGGCUCCUUGAUGGUGUAGCUGGGGAUUGUUCCUGGGAAGAGAGAAGAUGAUGAGUGAUGCAAGUGACAUGCUGGCUGCGGCUCUGGAGCAGAUGGAUGGCAUCAUCGCAGGCUCCAAGGCGCUGGAAUAUUCCAACGGCAUCUUCGACUGCCAGUCCCCCACCUCGCCCUUCAUGGGGGGCCUGCGGGCGCUGCACCUGGUGGAGGAUUUGCGGGGCUUGCUGGAGAUGAUGGAAGCGGAGGAGCGAGAAGGGCUGCGCUGCCAGAUCCCGGACUCCACGGCGGAGGCGCUGAUCGAGUGGCUCCAGAGCCAAAUGACUAAUGGACACAUAUCUGGGAAUGGAGAUGUUUAUCAGGAAAGGCUGGCUCGUCUGGAAAACGAUAAGGAAUCUCUUGUUCUGCAAGUGAGCGUGCUCACAGACCAGGUGGAGGCCCAGGGAGAGAAGAUUCGGGAUCUGGAGUUCUGCCUGGAGGAGCACAGGGAGAAGCUGAAUGCCACGGAGGAGAUGCUGCAGCAGGAGCUUUUAAGCAGAACAACCCUUGAAACUCAGAAGUUGGAUCUUAUGGCAGAGAUUUCCACUCUGAAAUUAAAGCUUACAUCUGUAGAGAAGGAUAGAUUGGACUAUGAGGACAGAUUCAGGGACACAGAGGAUUUGAUCCAGGAAAUAAAUGAACUGCGCUUGAGAGUGGGAGAGAUGGACAAUGAAAGACUCCAGUACGAGAAAAAACUGAAAACAACCAAAUCUUUAAUGGCCAAACUUUCUAGUAUGAAAAUCAAAGUGGGGCAGAUGCAGUAUGAAAAGCAGCGGAUGGAGCAAAAAAGCCAGAUGCUAAAGGAUGAGCUCUCAGCUCUGAAAGACAAACUGGAGCAGAAGGAAGCCGAGGUAAAAAGGUUGCACGAGAAAUUGGUUUGCAAGCUCAAAGGAGAAGGGAUUGAAAUCCUGGACAGAGAUGAAAAUUGUAAAAAGAAGCUCAAAGACAAAAAUAUAGAGGUACAGAAAAUGAAGAAGGCAGUAGAAUCUCUAAUGGCAGCAAAUGAAGAGAAGGAUCGGAAGAUCGAAGAGCUCCGGCAAUCUCUGAACAGGUACAAGAAAGUUCAAGACAUGGUGAUUCUGGCUCAAGGGAAAAAAGGCAAGGAGAGUGACGGUGAAGACUUGAAUUCAGCGUCUGUUUCCACGGUUUUAUUGGACACACCAAGCCUGACUGACCCAGAGAAAAGCCCAUCCCCAACCCCAGUGACAGCAUCUCCAAUCCAUGAUGAGUUUAAUGUGAAUAUUCAUGAAGAGAACUCCUUACAGAUCCACACCAGUAUUUUACAGAUUUCAAUCCCUUCUUUUUCGUCAACAUCCAAGAGCUCAGAAGUUGCUGCAGAGAGAGUGAAAACCCAGCCUAGGCCAGAUGCUGCCAGUGAAAUGAGUGAAGGAAGAUCAGCAGGUUCCUCCCCAGAAACUCAUCUGUGUGAUAGUCCAGUAACCUCCUCGCUGCAGAAGUCCAGCAGCCUGAGCAGUUUGAGGAAAGAGCCAUCUGAAGUGGACAGAGAGCCUGCCCAGAAGCCAGCAGAGCAGGUUAAACCUCCUGUGGAAGGUCACAGUUUUGCAACCCUGCCCCCCAAGUCUCCCUCUCACGGUGGCACGGCCGACGAGGACAGUUUUGGUACCCGCAAGGCCAGGUCCUCCUUCGGCCGAGGCUUUUUCAAGAUCAAGAACAACAAGAGGACUGCAAGUGCCCCCAAUCUGGAUCGCAGUCGAAGUGCAAGUGCACCCACCUUAGCUGAGACGGAGAAGGGAUCUGCAGAUCACUUGGAUCUGGCUGGCUUGCCCCCCCGCCCAAAGGAAGCAGAUGGUCUACAGAUGACACCACCUUCUCCAGAUUCCAGGAAAAAGGCCAGGGGGAUCAAGAAGUUAUUUGGAAAGCUCAGGAGGAGUCAGUCCACCACCUUCAACCCCGACGACAUGUCCGAGACCGAGUUCAAGCGAGGAGGGACGAGAGCGACGGCGGGGCCACGGCUGGGCUGGUCCCGAGACCUAGGGCAGUCCCACAAUGAGCUGGACAUGCCGUUCGCAAAGUGGACGAAGGAGCAGGUUUGCAACUGGCUCCAGGACCAAGGGCUUGGCUCCUACAUAAAUAAUGGCAGGCAGUGGAUACUGUCUGGGCAGACACUCCUGCAGGCUUCUCAGCAGGAUCUGGAAAAGGAGCUGGGGAUAAAGCACCCGCUGCAUCGGAAGAAGCUCCAGCUUGCUCUGCAGGCACUGGGAUCCGAAGAGGAGAACAACCACGGCAAACUGGAUUACCACUGGGUUACCAGGUGGCUCGAUGACAUCGGCCUGCCCCAGUACAAGACCCAGUUCGACGAGGGCAAGGUGGAUGGCAGAAUGCUCCAUUACAUGACUGUGGAUGACCUGCUGUCCUUGAAGGUUGUCAGUGUCCUCCACCACCUCAGCAUCAAAAGAGCCAUCCAGGUGUUGAGAAUAAACAACUUUGAGCCCAACUGCCUGCGCAGGAGGCCAUCGGAUGAGAGCAACGUCAGCCCCUCCGAGGUGACCCAGUGGACCAACCACCGUGUGAUGGAGUGGCUGCGCUCCGUGGAUCUGGCAGAGUAUGCACCCAACCUGCGGGGCAGUGGUGUGCACGGGGGACUCAUGGUUUUGGAGCCUCGUUUCAAUGUGGAAACCAUGGCACAGCUGCUGAACAUCCCCCCGAACAAGACGCUGCUGAGGCGGCACUUGGCGACUCAUUUCAACCUCCUCAUCGGGCAGGAGGCCCAGCAGCAGAAACGAGAGGCCAUGGAGGCCCCAGACUAUGUCCUCUUGACAGCAACUGCCAAAGUCAAGCCAAAGAAACUUACCUUCAGCAACUUUGGGAGCCUGAGGAAGAAGAAGCAAGAUGAUGGGGAAGAGUAUGUGUGUCCCAUGGAGCUGGGGCGGGCGUCGGGGAGCGGCUCAAGGAAGGGCUUUAAGCCUGGCCUGGAUAUCCGAGUGUACGACGAUGAUGAUUUGGACAGGCUGGAGCAGAUGGAAGAUUCAGAAGGGACAGUGAGGCAAAUAGGAGCGUUUUCUGAAGGCAUCAACAACUUGACACACAUGUUGAAAGAAGAUGAGAUGUUUAAAGACUUUGCCACCCGCUCUCCCAGCACCAGUAUAACAGAUGAGGACUCCAAUGUUUGAUGGUAACCAGCAGGCACUGGCAGGGGCUCACUUUCCUGUGUGCAGGAGCAUCAUCAUUUGAUGUGAUGGGCAGCAGAUCAUGUACAUUACAAUUGCUCUUGCUUCUGUUUGUUCGAAGGAACGUUGGGGGGGUGGAGAAUUUUAAAGAAAAAGGAGAUUUAAAGAUAAAAAAAAGGUGCCUACUCUAAAGUUGCCAUAGAAACCACCCAGACACUGGUGAAUGGUAAUCAUUUUAACUCUAUUUAAUGUACAAACUGGUGAUAUGUUUCAGAGUGUUGCAUUUGUGGUAUGAUAGUGCUCUUUUUUUGCUUAUUCAUGGCCUCAGAUAAUCCUUUAUACUGUUGGAAAGUAACAGAAGGUGUUAGGUGAAAGUGUUGAGUCUGUAGAUAUCGUGCAUCAGCUUUCUCUAGGCUCUCAGCUGAAAAAUAGAAGUUACUGCUCCUUUUCAAGUGCUUUUGUUUGGCACAGAUGCCAGUUUUGCCCUUCCUGCAGUAUCCAAUGUAGGAUUUUAGUCAUCUGUGCCCUGCUUAAGCUCCCUGGUAGCUCUUGACUGUUGCUCUUAUUUUUAUACUGUUUUAUAAAAAAAAAAAAAAAAAGAAAAAAAGAA